GGACCAGCUCUCCUGCGCACAUGGCUGGAGCCGCCCAGAGUGGAUGCCUAAAGUGUGGGGUGGGCACUGUGUGUCCUUUGUGCUCUCCUGCAGUGUGGAGAAGUCAGGGAGGCCUCCGGGAGGAAGAGGCAGCUUCUGUCCCAGCAGCUCGGCAGUGAGGGCUCCCCAGGGAAACAAGGGAGGCAGAACGGGCCACACGGGCCUGAGCGCUGAGCUGACAGGGAGGAAAGGGACGGGUGUGAUGGAGCCCCCUGGGCCCAGGUCACACAGCAGGUUUAGGGGGUGCUGGCCACGGGCAGGGCUCUGAGGACCGAAAGGCAAGGGAACGUUGUGUGUCUCUGACAUGCGAGCAACCGGGGAGGACUCCGUCAUCCUUGGGUGGGGGCAGGGCUGUCCUAGCUGGGGGAGGGGUCAGAGCUCGUGACUCAGGGGCACCAGCCUGCGGUCAGUCGCUCGUCCCCAGCUGACCCAGGCACAACCCAGGGGUCACCAGCCCUUGGAGGAUCCAAGGCUUCUGCCAGACAGAUAGGGGUCCCUUGGGCCAGCCAGAACUCCCUAGGGAGCCGUGCGUGCGCCAGCCCCUAGCUGAAGGCUGGACUCCCCUCCCCCUGGUCUGCAGCUGCUCCUCCUGACAGAGGGAGGGGAAGUGGCCAGAAGGGGAAGUGUGAACAGUUCCUGUCCAGUCUGCUGCCUGUCAUCAGUCUCCUCGGGACGCAGGCCGUGGCUGCACCGUGGCCAUGGAGCCCCUGGAGACCCCUGUCAAGGACGGCCUCCUCUACCUGCAGCACGUCAAGUUCGGCAAGAAGUACUGGCGAAAGGUGUGGGCCCUGCUGUACGCAGGAAGCUCAUCAGGCGUGGCCCGACUGGAAAGCUGGGAGGUCCGUGAUGGUGGCCAGGGGCCGGCAGGUGACAGAUCCACGGUGCCCAGUGGCCGGCGAGGGGAGCGGCGGGUCAUCCGCCUGGCCGACUGCGUGUCUGUGCUGCCAGCCGAUGGUGAGAGCUGCCCCCGGGACACGGAAGCCUUCCUGCUCACCACCACGGAGCGGAGCCACCUGCUAGCCGCGCAGCAUCGCCAGGCAUGGAUAGCACCCAUCUGCCAGCUGGCCUUCCCGGGCACGGCUGAGAACACGUUGGGAUUGGGAUCCAGGGAGCCCCAGUCUCCUACAGGAGGGAGCGUCCCCAUGGAGGAAAACGCCAUUUACUCCUCCUGGCAGGAAGUGGACGAGUUUCCAGUGUUGGUGCAGAGAAGCGAGGCUGCUGCCCGCUGCCAGCUGCAGGGCUCCUACCUCAUGGUGCUGGGCCAAGACGCCAUCCAGCUGAAAGGAGCUUCCAGUCCUCAGGUGCUCUACAGCUGGCCUUACCGCUUCCUGCGCAAAUUCGGCUCCGACAAGGGUAUAUUCUCCUUCGAGGCCGGCCGCCGCUGCAACUCCGGGGAGGGCCUCUUUGCCUUCAGCAGCCCGCGUGCCCCUGACCUGUGUAAGGCUGUGGCCGCUGCCAUUGCCCGCCAGCGGGACCGGCUGCCAGAGCUGGCCAGGCCCCAGCCUUGCCCCCUGCCCAGGGCUACCUCCCUGCCCGCGUUGGAUGCCCCUGGAGAGCUUCGGGAGAUGCUGCCAGGACCCAAGCUUCCCUCCUCCAGGAGUGCUCACAUGGCCGACCCUGGGCCCCAGAGCCUGCCACUGUUACUGGGCCCGGAGCCCGAGGACCCGGCCUCUGUGCUGUAUGCUUCAGUGUGCAAGCAAGCAAGUGGGUUCCAGGGUACCGUGGAACACCUCUAUGAAAACGUCUGUGCACUGGAAGCUGGCCCUGGGCUGCCGGAUGAGGUCCCCAGCAUUAGUAGCCCCUCAGCCAGCUCCAUCUAUCAUAACAGCGAAGACCUAAGCUGGCCCAGCCCAACCCAGGACGUCAGCCUGGAGGCCCAGUACCGCCGACUGCUGGAGCUGGAACUAGAUGAGGCGGAGGGCCCUGGCCGCCCUGGCACCCAAGCAGGCUUCAAAGCCAAGCUGGUGACACUGCUGAGUCGGGAGCGAAGGAAGGGCCCUGCGUCCUGUGAGCGGCCCUGAGUGGCCAUGGGAGGAGAGAGGAUCUGUGGACACAUCCCUGUAUCCACUCUAGCCUGCCUCUGGAAUGAGGUGGAGGCAGCUGGGGAGAGACCCCUGCCCCUGCCCUUCCUGCCCCCCCCCCCCCCCCCCCCCCCAGUGUACGCAGAAUAGACUGGCUGGCAAUAAAGUGAGUUCUCCUGGCUUCCGCCACAUGGCCUAUGGUCCAGCCACCUUACUUCCACUCCCAGUUGAGCAUUCCUGGAUCCCAGAAUGCCUGAGCCCUACCCAGACUCUGGGGAUGAGAUGAGCUGGGCCUGACCUCAGCCACCAGUAGCUCAGACCCACCUGGGCACCAGAUAGGGGAGCCAUAAUGCUCCCUGUGGGCAGAGGUGCCCUCAGCAGGGAGUGGGCAGGACCAGCAGAGCUCCAAGGGCCCAGGACUGAGCUAGGCUAUCCAGGCUGGUGGGCACACCCUGGCCAAGCAACAUGAAGGGCUGGUCACACAGGUGUUCCGGGGCAGCUGGGCAUGAGGGCCCACACUGCCCAGCACUGCAGCCCACCCACCAGGUCUUGUCCUCUGGAGAGGGGCCACCCAGUUAGACACCAGGAUGCCCAAGCUGCUGAGAAACUGGAGGAAGUUUAGAUUGUG